UUUGUUUGUGCGUGUGUGUUCGUGUGUAUACCUAUAUGUGUGUGUCAAUGUACAUCAGACUGCCUUUGAGGUGAACCGAAGCAGCCGAGCCUUCUUCCUCCUUCCUCCUCGUCCCAGUCUGACGCUCUUUCAGGGCACCGAGGCUUAAAGGUGCCAUGGCACAGAGAUGCCACGAACCGCGCUGCCGUUGCCGAUCCCAUUUCCGGGCCCAGGACGGUCGAUUCCGUCCUCCAGUUCCCUCGGAUCUCGCCUAGUUGCUACCGGAUAGGACGGGAUCUGGCGGGCGAGACCAUUACGGGGAAGGAGUGAGAGUGGCACGGAAGGACUGGCAUCCUGGCUCUGCGCGGGAAGGGGCGGAGGUGCCAACAAGAGAAAAGGCCUGGGAAGAAAGGCAGAGAGUACUGUUUGAUGGGCCCCGAGUGGCGGGGCGGGUUCCUGGUUGCCGCGGCUGGCGGACAAGGCCUCGUCGGCAGGAGGGUCAGUGGUGGGCUACGGGCGGUCAGCGAGGCAGUAGUGCUUUUAAGAAGCCCCAGACGAUGGAGGUGAAGCACAUGGCGUCGGCAAUGAAAUUUAGAGUUCGGAAGAAAUGUUGAAGCUAGAGCUCUGGCAUCAAAACAAACGGAGGGAAGGGUGACAUUCGAGAGGAGAAACCGAUAGCGGGUGACGGGGGAUCGGGUACGGGAAGCGAAAGUCAUGCUAUGCAGCUCCCGCGAUAGCUAUACCAAUCAGGCGAGUUGAGGUCGCCGAAGGGCGCUUGUCAGAGCUGCUAGGUGUCAGCGGCGGCGUCCGGGAAGGGAGAAAAGGCGUAGAGAGCGGAGAGGAGUCAAAGCGACAGUCAUGUAACUUUUAUUGCCGUGAAGCCCUUUGACAAGCGAAGGUCCAGAGACCAACAAGAAAUAAAGAAUAAAGAUGCUUCUGAGUGGAAUGGUAGAGCACAGGCUGUAAAUUGCCGAGGCAUGAGGGGAAUGUCCGGAUAAACGAACAGGACAUGUCUCUGGCAUAAGGGGGACGUGGUCGAUUCAGAACGGAGGAGGGAGGGAGGAGGCUCUAGGCUGCAGCGACGGUGCUGGUUGAUAGGCAAGUGCGAGUGCAGCAGUUGCUGGAGUCGUGUUGCGGCGUGAGUGAAUGAGCGUGCGUGCGUCGGCGAGCGGCACAGCGCUAGGACCUCCCCAAGAGCGGGUCUCGGUGCCUCCGCCUCCUCCUCCUCCCGAGCGCGUCACCAGAUCCCUCCUUCUCUGCCCAGCUAGCGGUUGGGCGUUCCGUCUCCGAGACAUUGGCUCGGGUCUCGCGCGCGAUGUGCAGUGUGGUGCCGAACUCGGUGUUGCAGUGAGGCUUGUGCGGCCGCGUGUGUGAUCUAAUCCUGUGAGUGUCCGAGAAAAUUAGUUACGAGUGGUGUGGAACCCAGACGCUCUGCGCUGAGGUCACCUUGCCUGGUGUGGACGGUAUGAAUGACCUGUCCAUCGUUGUUUCUCUCCCUCUCAAUCUCCCUCUCGGUGACCUGACCGAGGCGAGGAACUUGUGACAUACACCUGAGCCCGAGGAGUAUUCGCGCCGUUCGUCCCGGGGAUGGAUGUCAGGAUAGCAAGGAAAACACACAACGCGGGAGAGAAAUACAAGAAAAACAUUCUUCUUCCCUCUAGUUCCGAGAUGAGUUACUUAUUCGAGACGCUACGGAAGCCAAAGAAGACGAACUACCACUUCAUCAAAGACUUGAAGAUCACCCCGGGUCUGAUGCCCCCCGGCUCCCCCGGGACGUACCGCAAGAAGUCGGCGUCCGUGGAGCUGCCCGCCGCGCUGCAGCAGCUGCCGCGGCCGCACCGAGGCAGCGUUUGCGGCGACGCCAAGAUGGCCGAAGACAAGCCCUGGCCCAACACCAAGGACGACUACGAGCUCAGGGAAGUCAUAGGUGUUGGAGCCACAGCUGUUGUACACUCAGCGCUAUGUAUUCCACGCAACGAAAAAUGUGCCAUCAAGCGAAUAAACUUAGAGAAAUGGAAUACGAGCAUGGAUGAGCUGCUGAAAGAAAUUCAGGCCAUGUCCUUGUGUCACCAUGAGAAUGUGGUAACCUACUACACAUCCUUUGUUGUAAAAGAAGAACUAUGGCUUGUCCUCAAAUUAUUAGGUGGAGGAUCACUACUUGAUAUAAUUAAGCACAGAAUGAAAACGUCUGACUGUAAACAUGGAGUAUUUGAUGAAUUUGUGAUCGCCACCACUUUGCGGGAAGUGCUUAAGGGCUUAGAAUAUUUCCAUAAUAAUGGCCAGAUACACAGAGACAUAAAAGCAGGAAACAUCUUGCUAGGUGAAGAUGGUGUCGUCCAGAUUGCAGACUUCGGAGUCAGUGCUUGGCUCUCAACAGGAGGGGAUCUCUCUCGGCAAAAGUCCCGUCACACUUUUGUGGGAACUCCUUGCUGGAUGGCACCUGAAGUUAUGGAGCAAGUAUCUGGAUAUGACUUUAAGGCGGACAUUUGGUCCUUCGGUAUCACAGCAAUAGAGAUGGUGACAGGAACAGCACCGUACCAUAAAUACCCACCCAUGAAGGUCCUUAUGCUGACGCUGCAGAACGAUCCACCCACGCUUGAAACGGGGGCUGAGGAGAAGGAUCAGUAUAAGGGCUAUGGAAAGACAAUCCGAAGGAUGAUCACGGAGUGCUUGCAGAAGGACCCAACCAAGCGCCCAACAGCCCAAGAACUCAUCAAACAUCCUUUCUUCAAAAAGGCCAAAGACAAGAAGUUCCUUCAGCAGGUGCUGCUGCAGGGAGGGCCGUCCAUAGAGGAGAGAGUGGCCAAGGAGGAACCCAAUUUAAGACGGAGGCAAAUCCGUGGGCGCCAACCAGGAACAUCAGGCCGCCUCCAUCGCACCCAGAGUGGGGACUGGGUUUGGUCCAGCGACGAGGAGGAAGGGGAGAAGGACGGCGAUGAGCCAGAUAAGGUGUCUGUAAGCAGUGCAGAGAGUGGUGGAGAAAAACAGACUCAGCAGCAAACUUCAGGCCAGCCAGAGCAGACACCGCCACAGUCACAGCCAGCAGCUCAGGAGCCUUCUCAGACACAGCCAAGUCCUGCAACCAAUACUCCUCAACCAGAACAGCCCCAAGUUCCUCAGCAGCAGCAGCAGCAGCCACAGCCACAGCAGCCUGCAGUGUCCCCACAACCUCCCCCUCAGCAAGCAACACAGAUACAGUAUGCACCCCAAGUUGUCCCACAGUUCCAGCCAGGCAUGGAUGGAACCACUGCUCCUGGUGCCUACAAUGCCUCAUUCCAGCCACAGCAGCCAGUGCCGCCAAUACAGCCGCAGAUGCCACAACAACAAAUACCUCCUUUGUAUCCCAUGGAACAUGUUCCUGCAGCAUCCGUGGGAAUGAUGCCUCAACAGGUACAGAACAUGAUGUCAGUGUCAGGAAUGGGUGCCCAGCCCAUGAUGACCUCCCCUAUGCCUGUACCUGUCUCCAUGCCUGCGGUUGCAGCCAUUCCUCAGGUGGUUAACCAGGGUGUGCCCCAGGUAGUGCCACAAGUAGUACCUAUGGCAGGAAUACCCGCAGUUAUGCCUGCCGUGGCUGAUGGUGUGGGUGGCUUCAUAGCUCCCGUCCAGCAGGAAAACGAACCUAUCAACUUGGUGCUGAGGGUCAGGAACCAAAAGAGAGAACUGAAUGACAUUCGAUUCGAGUUCACCGUUGGUCGAGACACUUCGGAAGGGGUUGCCUCAGAGCUGGUAGCAGCCGGUCUAGUCGACGGCCGGGACUUGGUCGUUAUCGCUGCAAACCUAGACAAAAUUACUCAACAUCCAGAAAUGGGUCAAAACCUCACCUUUAGAUUGAGUUCAGAAUGUGAAGCCAAUGAAGUCCCUGACGAUAAGGCAUUAAUAGGCUUUGCUCAGUUAACAAUUUCUGACUGAUCCAAGAAAGGGGGCUCCCUUCGAAAGCGGAAGCCACGAACCUCGGCAAGCCUUCGACAGCCGGCCCGGCCUGUGGUGACUCCCAGGAGGCCAAGCACCAACAGUGAUGAGAUUUGUUAUCAAAAGUGGAUCUUUAGGAUUUUCCGUGCUUUUUUUUCCGUCUGGGGCUAGACUUGGCCUAUGCGCCUAACAUGCAUCGUAUUCCUUGGUUUUAACUUUUACUUUUUCUUAACAUGUAUACAGUAUUCUGUGAUUUAUUAGAGGAUGUUUUCCUUUGCAAUUUCCAUCACACACACUGAGAUUAGUGUCAUUCUUUGUCUUACAGUGCAAUGCAUUUUAUUCAGAGAUUAUCUUAGCAUGGUAAGCUGCGUGCAGAGCCCACUUCUCUUGAUUAUCAAAACAAUUGUGAAUAAGGUUUGGCUUUGUUGACUGGACAUUGUAUUUAUUAACUGGAAGGAAGCAUUAGCUGCUGUACAUUGUCUUUCAGAAUCUGCUGAGUUAAUCAAACAUCAUUUUCUGUGUGCUCGCAAGUAUACUCUGUGCAAUGUAAGGAAAGGCUUAGAUGCAAGAAGAGCUGAGAAUAUGUUUACCAUUUUAUUCAAAUUAUCAGAGCAUUAAGAAUGAAUAUUUCAAAAUAUUUAGCAAGUUAUUUACUCUGGAUUUAGUUAACUACUGAGUAACACAAAGUCUUUGCUUGUUCCAGAUUCUAGUUUUCAAAUCUGGCUGCUUGAAGUUCUAAAUUGUGUUCCUUCAGGAAGUAAAUUAUUCGCUAGUUGUAAAUUCUCAUUCAGAAAUCCGAUCUUCUGGGAAGAAAAUUUGUUGUUUCCAAUGAAUAUAGCCAAACCAAUAUUAGCAUUAAAAUGAUAAAACCUAAAAAUUGUCAUGGAGUCAUACAAUUUUACUUUUUUUUUCUGAUUUGAUGUAAUAGACACAAAAAUGGAUUUUGAUUUUUUGGGGCCCAUGUACUAGUUGAUUUCAAAUACUUCUGUUUUGUUUUGUUUUUUUAUAUAUAUGAAUCCUUUGUUUAUGUUUGCUAGACUUUACAAUGGAUGUCCAGUUUCAGGAAUUUAAGUUGAGUUCAAGUGCUUCUUUGAAGCUCCAGAAAGAGAAAUACAUGUGUCCACCUUAAAAAGUUAGAUUAAUUUAAAUAUUUCUUUAAGCCCCUGGAAGUAAAAGAGUAAAUGUAAGUAAUUAAGAGAUUGCUAGUUGCAUUGCUAAACAGUGACACUCAACACUUGUUUGGUGAGAGUGUGUGUCUUCAUUGCUCAUGAAUCAUAUCAUGUCAUUUGUAUGGUAAAUACAAUAUAUUGUUGAUAAGGAAAUAAUGUAAUGCAGUAUUCUGGAUGUUGGAGUGUAAUCAAGAUCUUUUAUUUUUGUUCCUUGUUUUUACUUCACACCACUGGGUAGUGAAACAGUUGUUAUGAGACGGCCUUAAACAUGCACCAAUUUCAAGUAGUUAGAAUAGUUGCGUUAUCCAAUUUAAAAGUGUUUUGGAAUUACUACUCAAAGAGAAAUAUAUUGUGCUAAAUGUUUGCAUGGAUUCGGAAUGCAAUAUUUGGUAAAUAACCCCACAGUUACUGUAAGGUAGAGAACAUGAAGACAUUUAGCAAAUUACGGCUUCAAAAUGCAGGGGGAAUGUAUAUUGUUGAGGGGCACAGGGCUCAGCCAUUCCAGGAGGGGAGCCUUGAGCACAGGGAGUGGCCAGGACGUGGCUUACCAGUGAUAGUGGAGAGGGAGCCAAAGAGGAGGGCCAGCUCUGCCCCAGGGAGGCAUGCAGCCCUAGCAUAAGAGUGGAUGGUAAAUAUAGGGUUAGAUGAGUAUAGUUUUUCAUGAUACAUUUCCUUAUUGCAUAUUAUGAUAUAAUUUUUUAAUAUAUUCUUAGAACUUUUUCAGCAGAUGUAAGUUAUAUUUACAGUACAUGAAGAAAAGAUAUUAAAGUAACCCUGAUUGCCAAGGGUGAAUUCCAAUUUUUACCACAAUAAACUUGCAGCUGUAUGACUGUUCAAAUCAGUGGAUGUUGUGACUUCAUAGAGACAUUUUAGGCAGAGUAAAGAGUAGUCAGAAAGUUUUUGUCAUUGAGUAAUUCAUUCCCUGUUUCGAGCACAGGAUUAAUCAUAGGUGGCCAUUAAAGUCUUGAUUUUACUCUCUUUUUCAUGUUUUUUUAUCUUGUGGCUAACAUGAAAUUUUUUCAUUAAAUUUUCCUCCAAAAGGCAGGGCUACAGCUCAGGAACUUGAUAUGGAUUUCAUUAAUUGAAAGACUACUGCUUACUUUAGUCAGUGUUUCUUAAAUGUUGUUCACAAUAAACAUCUUGUUCUUGCCUGUGAUGUGUUGAUUAUGAUAAUAGAAAUGUGCUUUGAAGCCUUAAAACAUGUAUAUGUAGUUUAAAUAACAGUGAUUUUUGACAUUUUGAAAUGACAAACUUCACAGUAGGUACUGAAGGCAGCACUGUGUUGCCAAUCCAGUGCACUUCUGAGGUCUGUAGGUUAUUUAAGUCUCGUAGAUAUAGUGAGAGCACCUGACUGAAUGAGAGAACCCAUGUCUUAAAACAAAUGUAUGGGUGCCCUGGAAGGAUAGGUAGAGCAUAUGUGGUGCUUGUCAUAUUCUAGGUAAUUCUCUUCCAUAUUUUUUCCUGACUCCAGCAUUAUCGUGAUCUCUGCAGAAUAUGAAUAGAACAUAUAAGGAGGAGCAGGAAGAGAAAACUUUGUAUUUGUCCCUUUCUUCACAGUCUAUAUAUGCGUGUGUGUGUCGUGUGUACGGGGAUAGAUGGUAUGUAUGGUGUGCGUGUGUGUAUAUGUGUGCGUGCGUGUGUGUUGUGUGUAUGUAAAUAAGUAUGUAUGUAUAUAUGUAUGCACGUGUGUGUGUGAGUGAGUGAGUGUGAGUGAGUGAGUGAGUGAGUGAGUGAGUGAGUGAGUGAGAGAGUGAGAGAGUGAGAGAGUGAGAGAGUGAGAGAGUGAGAGUGAAUAAGUGCAAGUGCAGGUGAAAGCUAAGUGUAAGUGAGAGAAAGAAAAUAUGUGAGUGAGAGUUGAGUAAGUGUGCAUGUAAUGUAUGUAUGUAUGUAUGUAUGUGUAGACACACACACACACACACACACACACACACACACACACACACACACACACACACACACACACACACACACACACACACA